AUGGAUAUUGAGAUGACACAGAGAGUGGACCUAAGGAAUGACAGCACGGUGACAGAGUUUAUCCUCGUGGGCUUUGAGCAGAGUUCCCCAUCUACACAGGCAUUGCUCUUUGCCCUCUUCCUAGUCCUCUACGCCUUAGCCAUGGCCAUGAAUGGCCUCAUCAUCUUCAUCACCUGGACAGAUCCUAGACUCAACAGUCCUAUGUACUUCUUCCUUGGCCACCUGUCCUUCUUGGAUGUCUGCUUUAUCACCACCACCAUCCCACAGAUGCUGAUCCACCUGGUGGUCAAGAACCAUGUUAUCUCAUUUGCCUCCUGUUUGAUUCAGAUGUAUCUGGUUUUUGGCGUUGGUGUUGCCGAAUGCAUCCUCUUGGCUUUUAUGGCCUAUGACCGUUAUGUUGCUAUCUGCCACCCACUUAACUAUGCCCAGAUCAUGAGCCAUCAAGUCUGUGUGAGGUUGGUGAGUGCAGCCUGGUUCUUUGGCAUGGUCAAUGGCAUCCUACUUGAUUACAUGACAUUUCGUGGUCCAUUCUGUAGAGACAACCAUAUAGAAAACUUCUUCUGUGAGGCUCCCAUAGUGAUCAGCCUUUCUUGUGGAGAUCCACUAUUUAGUUUGAAGGUGAUCUUUCUCGAUGCUAUCAUGGUGCUCCUAAGUCCCAUGGUGCUCAUUGUCAUCUCUUACGCCCGCAUCCUAACCUCCAUCCUUGGAAGAGCCUCCUCCUCGGGCCGGGGAAAGACCUUCUCCACCUGUGCUUCCCAUUUGACUGUGGUCAUCUUUUUCUACACCUCAGCCAUGUUCUCCUACAUGAACCCCCGAAGCACACAUGGCCCUGACAAAGACAAACCUUUCUCCCUCCUCUACACAAUCAUCACCCCCAUGUGCAACCCCAUCAUCUACAGUUUUCGAAACAAGGAAAUGAAGGGGGCUAUGGUGAGGGCCCUUGCAAGGACUGGCCUGACCCAAGAACCUGUGUAG